AUGUCUGGCAAGCUCGACCAGUCUCUCGAUGAGAUCCUCUCCACCAAGCGCACUCCUGCCGGUGGCCGCCGCUCCACCCGCAAGACCGCUCGUCCCGCUGCCCCUGCUCCCGUAGGCGGUGUCAAGAAGAACACCAAGCCUGCACGCGGCGCUGCCGCCAAGCCUUCAUCCGGCAAGGCUCCCAGGCCCACUGGAGAGAGCAAGAUCAUAGUGAGCAACUUGCCCAAGGACGUGUCCGAGAGCCAAAUCAAGGAGUACUUCCAGUCAGCUGUCACAGGAGUCAAGAAGGCCGAGCUUGUGUACGGACCUGGGGGAAGCAGCCGCGGUAUCGCCAACGUUGUGUUCCAUCACUCUGAUGGCGCCAGCAAGGCUUACCAGAAGCUGAACGGUCUCCUCAUCGACAACCGGCCCAUCCGAGUCGAGGUCGUCGUCACCGGUGAAUUGGUUCCUACACCUCCCACCCUGAGCCAGCGUGUGAGCCAGCCCAAGGCCACGCCCAAGUCCGCCGCUGCGGACAAGGCAUCCGGAAAGGGUGCGAAGCCUGCUGCUGGUGGCCGAGGUGGUGCCGCCGGCAAGCGCGGUCGCGGUGGUCGCGCGAAGAGCGCCCGACCCACCAAGAAGACGGCUGAUGAGCUGGAUGCCGAGAUGGCAGAUUACUUCGACGGCGCCAAGAGUGGCGGUGAUGCCACUGCCACGGCUGUCACCAAUGGUGGCGAUGCUGCCAUGGAGGACGAGGUUCUGUAA